AAAAUCAUGCCACAGUCACCAGAUCUCUUACCAGCUGAACACCAAUGUGAGAUUUUAUAUUGGAGAGCUUUUUUCACCACCAUCAUCCAAGUCUCUAGUGGAGUUCCAGCAUAAAGUGUCUGCAGUCACUGAAGAUUCCCGUUAAAAUCUAAACAAGAUCAUCAGUCUUUAUGUGGAUCUUAAACAAAUCCCAGGGAGUAGUCUCGUCUUCCUUGUUGCCUUUAAUCUGUUAAGCAUAGACCAACCAUAAUAACAGACCUUUGUUUCUUCAACAGCUGUACUUCAUACAGAAGAGUCAGUCUACUGCUGUGUACCAGGGAUUUUCUUACAACCAUAUUUUUUUUUCAAAUUCAUCGUGACAUUAAUUGACAGUCAAGAUGUUUAGUAACUGAACAUCGUCUUUAUUACUCCGACAAGGAAUGCAUCGGAGUUAUGUGACGAUUGUCGUACGUUUGUCCGUCUGUUUGUCUGUUAGCAAAAUGACUCAAAAACCAACUAACGGAUUUGGAUGAAAUUUUCAGGGAAGGACCAAGUGAUUAGAUUUUGACAGUGAUGCAGCUUAUAGUCUGGAUCUAUGGAUUCGUUAAAUAUUUCUGUAUCAUUGCGAAAUAGCGGCACAGCAUCACAACAAGUGAACAAUACAUCAGCUGCCUGCUGACGAUCACAUGAUUGCGAUCUGACAAAUCUACCGUUGCGAACUUAUCGGGACUUACCUGUCAGAAAUGAUAUAAGGAACAACUGAUUAAAUUGUGGGGGUGUUUUGAGUCCCAUCAAUUCCCGUCGCCUGCUACAUAUUUAGGUCACGCAAUUCUGUAUCCAUACAUUACAUGCACAUGCAUAACACACGCCUGUGCUCAGUGCAAGGUCAUUUUGUUUGUUGGGACAUCUAUAUUAAACAGCCAUAUUCUAUGCUGCCCUGAUUUCUACCACAAUUCUUUUCAAGAUUUCCGCCGUCAGAAAUGAUACGACUGAGCAGUCUUGGUGGAGUACUGGGCUCUCUGACUACUUUUCGUGUUUUCUCUGUAAUUAUUAGGUCAUCAAAUUGUGUAAUUAUUUUACGUAAACAAGCUAGACAUUGUUUAAAAUUACUGGAAACUACAUAUAAAAAAAUAAUAAGAAAAAUGAAAGAAAAGCAAAGAUUAUAUGAAGAGAGGACACAGCUGUUACCAGGGUGAUUGAACAGGUUUCAAAAUAUUUCAGUGUUUUUUUUAACCAAAUCUUAUUUAAACUACAUGUUUUUCUACAUAUUUAUAUACAGCUCAAAAAUGGGUGAACGAAAAUAUACACAUGAAAAACAAAAACAAUUCAGCAACGUGACAAACUCAUGGCAUCAUCUGAGAGCAGAAAAGAAUUCUGAAACGUAAAAAUAUGCAAUCUAGACCCAAGUAUCACGACACCUCCACUUUCAAAUCAUAACAAAACAUCUCCCCAAGCCCGUUAAAAAUGUAAUAUCAGGAGCCCAUAAAUUCAUAAAGGAACCUAAUUUCAAAUGGAGUUUUGCUGUUUUUUUCUCCCAUUAAAUACCCUUUCUUUCAUAUAUCUCCAUUGGUGGAGGUAGUGGGCUGAGCCAAGACACAGUUAUCAUUUUCUUUGCCACCAGUUGUAGUAUUUCAGUGGUUUUAAGCUUUAUUUAGAUUUUUUCUUUCUACAGAGCCUCAGUAGUAAUCUCCACAGACACUUUGAGGCUCUGUCCUCAUGCCAGGUCCAAGGUUCAUUUUAUCACACUCCUUCAGUUCAUCCGGUUCUUGAGUUCAAGUGGCCAUAGUCCAGUAAUGAGGGGCAAUAAAGUAAAAUCCAAGUAAACAGACACAAGUAAUAGAACAAAUGGAAGUGUAGAGGUAGUCACGCUCUGGAUGUAAUAUUGAGGAAAUCCAUAAUGUUCAAAUUUAACUGUUAUAUGAUUCUAAACAUCUAAAAGUCUUUUUAUGGGUGUAUUGCCUCUACAGCAUGCUGAUGGGCUGUACGUGACCAAUAAGAAAAGCUCAGUCAUGCUCAAGACUCGUGAGGAACGUGCAAUUCAGUUGUUUCAUACAGAGAAAAAUAGAAAUUCAGCUGUUCAGCAGAAAAAGCAGCUUACUGGUUUCAUAUUCUAGAGAAAGUCAGAUUUGACAGCAGAUUCUCUGAUGUUAGGGUUAGCAUCUGACCGUCUCCUCUGUGUCAUCGUCAUUUUGUCUCACUGUAGCCUGUGAAUGUUGAAGCAACAUAAAUGAAAUGUAUAUCAAAUCUAAAUGACAGGUAUCCCAUGCUACAGCCGGGUUUACAUGACUCCCAUGUACUCUGGACACCACUUUACUUUUAAAAUAGCACCUCAGCCCUGCUUCUUUUACUCCAGUGCCUGUGGUAAAACACCACAGAUGUCAGGAUUGCUGUUGCUCUGUUAUGCAGUUUUAAUGUAUGGCAGGUCUGUUCAGGUUUAAUGUGUGUCACAGAGGAUGAAACCAAAUGAUCAUGUUAGCAUGCAGCUAUGGAUGAGGUCUGCCAACAGAGUAAAUAAGAGGAGUAAACAUGGAGUAAUAACUAAAGAAAGCAAUCCAUUUUUCAAACAAAUGCAACAAACCCUGAGGCCAUCAAAGUGUUUAUUGUGCUAAGCAGCUUUUUAGUAAGCUGACGUUAUCAUUUAUGUUACAGCACAACAAUGGCCACUACGGCCAAGUGUUGUUACUGAUCAGACUUUAUUAUUCCUGUCACUGUGCCUUGAAAUGUUGUUGGUGUCAGAACCUGCAUGUGGUGAUACAAUCAGGAAAUUCUACUUUUUAUGAUGAUGCCUCCUUCCUGUGUUUCUCUGAAGGACUGCAGAAAUAUUUUAUGACCACUAUCUGCACCCUCAUAUCCUGCAGGAUGUGGCAGGUGUUUAUUAGUUUGUAGCUGUGAGAACUAGCUGUAACUCACAAAAUGUUCUGUUGAUCACAUAAGAAGAGGUCAUUUAGGUGAUGUCAGCUGUCCUCUAAUGCUUUUUUGUUUGUUUGCACCAAAUCAUGAAACUAUCUAAGCCACCAUGAAACCUAAAGGAUGCGAUCUUUUUUAUUUGUAUUAGUUUAUCUUGGUUCAAUUUUCCCACUGACAUGAACAUUAAAACAGUAAUGAAGGAUUUAUGGAUGACAACACCCACAAAUGAAAUAACAUAUAUUUUGAUAUAUUAAGUGGGUAUUUUUAUUUUCAUUUUCAUGUUAUAUAGUGCAAAUGCCCACCAUAAGUAAUCUGAGGGUGCUUCACACAGUAAGAUGAAGAUGUUUUAAUAUUAUAGAUAGACACCCAAUAAAUCUAAUGAUCCCUUUGAGGGGUUUUCAGGUGACAGUGGGAAGAAAUUUCCAGCAGAAUUGGGCUCAGAGAGGGCAGUUAUCUGCUUCGACCAGUUGGGAUGAGGGUAAAAACUGCUAAAUUUACCAAAAAGACAAGCUUCAGACUUCAAGAUUCAGGGAAAAUAACUGCCUUUUGGUUAAAUAUUAUUGUGGUAGGACAUAACUCAGUGCAUUUACUGAAAUACAAAAAUACAUUGCCCAGCUAAAAAAAUUUUUAAAAAGUUGCACAUUCUAAUAUUUUGUUGGACCGCCUUUAGGUUUGAGUACGGCACUUAUUCACUUUACCAUCGUUUUGAUAAACUUCUGCAAUGUCACAGCAUUUUUCUCUGUCCAGAGUUGGAUUAAUUUUCUGCCAAGGUCUUAUAUUGAUGAUGGGAGAGUCGGACCACUGCGCAAAAACUUCUUCAGAACAUCCCAAAGAUUCUCAGUGGGGCUGAGGUCAAUUUUAAGCUACAUAGGUUGAGUAUUUAUAUCUGAUGCUUGUACCAAAAUUUCACUGCCCUUCUUAGAAAAUAUGGCACUUUUUACUUUAGUAGAUUCUAGAAGGAGUAGGCUGUGGCAUUUAAAAUUAAGAUUCCACAUGUAAGGCACGGGACAACAUGAUCAAACUCAACAGAUUAAAGCAGUUUUUCAUAUAAGACCAUUUUUAUGAGUGACCUUACCAAGAGUCUGUGAUUUGAAAGAAAUGACCAGAUGUUUCAUAAAAAAGAGAAAGUUUAGUAAAAUAAAAACAGGAAAUCGCAAGACUCAAUGCAUCAGUGUUAAUCUAAUAGUAAAAUGUUUAAAAAUAAUAAGCCACAGGUCAUUUUUUCUGCAGAAUGAGCACAUUUUGUUGAAGAACAUCAACCCUCUGAUCCGUCAGAAUUUCAGACCUUCAGUUCCUUUGACUUCAGUGACUCAUGACUUUUGAUAGCUCGUGCUGUUAUGGUUCAGGCUUCCUGUAAGAAUAAGUGACUUCAUGGCUUCUACACAAACAAAGAUCCACCUUUUAGUCAGAGCGGAGACGGGAGUUAGCAGUGGAAGCAGGUAAACAGACUCCUUGUGUUUGUGCUGUUUGUCUCAGAGUCCAGAGCAGUGAGUCAGCCACCAACAGCCUCACUCUGUUGGCCUGAAUCCCCUCUUUCCUUCCAGCCAUCAGUGGAAAAGCACCGCACAAGUUGUGGAGAGCAGUGAGGGGAAGGCAAAGGUGGGGUCAGGACUGUAAAAGACUCUUCUGUCCAGACUCUGGCCUGCAGCCAGGCAGCAGCAGAGACGUGUCCGACCAGGUAAAGCAGGGAGGCACACUUCAUAAACUCUACGCGGAGCCUCAAAAACCGGAGCUGACAGUCUUGUGAUCCCUGAGUCAUGUCGUAUGUGACUGAGCUGUAAAUCAGUUAAUAUAUUAUCCUGUCUUAGCUGCACAUGAGGACUCUAAGCUGAAUCCUGAAGACAGGAGGAAGACUUUGACCCAGGAGCAAUCAUAUAAAGCAGAGGAGAAGGAAAGGCAGGGAGUUUAAUCUGACAGAGAGGGACUGAAGCCAUGGCCAUGUGGAGGACAGUGGGAGCUCUGCUGCUCAUAUUACAUACUGUGUUUGGCCAGAAUACCAUCACAUGGUGCACCACCUCAGACCAGGAGCAGAGCAAAUGUAACGCCAUGUCUCAGGCCUUCAGCGAGGUCUCUAUCCGACCCCUCCUCGGCUGCGUCAACGGACUGACGGUCGAAGGCUGCGCUCAGAAACUGCAGAAAAAAGAAGCCGAUGCCUUUUCCAUGUUUGGCUCUGAGAUCUUCAAACAGAGGAAGAUUGCUUCCUUCAAGAUGGCUGCCAGUGAAUCAAAAGCUGGUGAUACCUUCUCCUACUAUGCUGUUGCUGUGGUGAAAAAAGCAAGCUCUUCCAUCAAUAUCAACAACCUGGCAGGAAAGAAGACCUGCCACACCGGGAAAGACCGAACCGCCGGCUGGAACAUGCCUUUGGGAUACUUUAUAGACCAGGGUUACAUGUCUGUGAUGGGCUGCGACAUCUCAAAGGGUGUGGCCAAUUUCUUCAGUGCGAGCUGUAUUCCUGGAGCUAAUGAGCCUGGUGACCCUUCGUCUCUGUGUCAGCUGUGCAAAGGAGACGGAAAAGGACAGCAUGUAUGUGAGAAGAGCAGCAAUGAGAUGUACUUUGCCUAUGAAGGAGCCUUCAGGUGUUUGGCUGAAGGUGCCGGUGACGUGGCCUUCAUCAAACACACGACUGUUGAGGAGAACACAGAUGGUCGUGGUCCAGCCUGGGCUCAGUCUCUGCACUCAUCCGACUAUGAGCUGCUGUGUCGUGACGGCACCAGAGCUCCUGUCUCUGAUUGGCAAAGAUGCCAUCUAGUCCGUGUCCCAUUUCGUGGCGUCGUGGUCCGAGAGGACAUCAGUCCGUCUGUGGUGUUUGACAUGUUGAAGGAGGGUCAGGACAAUUCAGGCUUCAAGAUGUUCUCGUCUGCUGAGUAUGGCGGAGGAACUGUGCUUUUCUCUGAGUCGACCACCACAUUGGAGCCGGUCGAGUCCGAGGAUCCCCAGAGGUGGAUGGGUGAUGUGUACACUGACGCUAUGACAGCCAUGGACUGUAGAGCUGAAGACCUCCCAGCCGCUGUGCGCUGGUGUGUGCUGACCAGCAGCGAGCAGCAGAAGUGUGCUGACAUGGGCGCUGCCUUCCAAAGUAAAGCUCUGACUCCAAGAAUCAACUGUGUCUUUGGUGACUCGGUGACUGACUGCAUGAAGAAAAUCCAGAACAACGAGGCCGAUGCCGUUACUCUGGAUGGAGGUUACAUCUACACAGCAGGAAAAGACUACGGUUUGGUGCCUGCGGUUGGCGAGAGCUACACAGACGACCGUGAUGGUGCCAGCUACUAUGCCGUCGUCGUGGUGAAAAAGACCAGCGAUGACAUCCGUAACCUUGACGACCUGCGUGGCCGUAGCUCCUGUCACACUGGAUACGGUCGCACGGCUGGCUGGAACGUUCCCGUAGCAGCGCUGAUAGAGAAAGGCCUGAUUGUGCCUGAGCACUGUGAGAUACCCCAAGCGGUGGGAGGGUACUUCAAGCAGAGCUGUGUGCCAGGUGCCAACCAACCUGGUUUCCCCGACAACCUGUGUGGUCUGUGUGUGGGAGACGCCUCAGGACAGAAACAAGCGAGAAAGGGACAAGACCUGUAUGACGGAUACGACGGUGCCGUCAGGUGUCUGGCUGAAGGAGCCGGGAAUGUGGCCUUCAUCAAACAUUCUACUGUCUUCCAGAACACCGAUGGUCAGUCAUCUGAGUCGUGGGCUGUAUCUGGGCUGUCUAAAGAUUUCCAGCUGCUCUGCUCUCAGGAACUAAAGCCUGAAGUCACACAGUACAGACACUGUAACCUGGCCAGAGUCCCAUCUCAACGCUGUCAUGGGUUCGACCGGCCAUCCAACAUCCACGCUCUGUAUGGGAACUCCUGGGCUUUCUUUGGCAGUGAUACAGGUACUGAUUUCAGGAUGUUUGACUCGAAGGCCUACGAAGGCACAGAUCUCAUCUUCAAAGACUCCACUGUUCGCCUUGUGGGCGUUGCUGACAAGAAGACCUACCAGGAGUGGCUGGGUCAGGGCUUGGACGCACUGGUCAACAUGGAGUGCAGCUCAUCAAGUGCAGUGGUGUCAUCUGCAUGGCUGCUGCUGAUGGCCUUGUUAUGCUUCAUGCUGACCAACUACUGGAUGUAAAGACAGAACAUGACACACAGCUCUUCUCCUAACCUUUAUUUCCAUUCCCUUUCUCCCUUUUAUAAACUUCCUGUUUCCUAACUUUAUCUCUCCUCUCUGUCUUGAUGUCUGUCCGAUCAAAUCACCCAUCAUAGCUUUAGUCCAGAGCAGGUUAGCCCCACUACUCUGGUAUCCCUCUUCCUUGUUUGUCUCUUUGCGUCACGUUUACCUGAUUGUAUGCUAAUUGAACAUAUAUAUGCGAGGACGACAUUUGGGUUACUGCCUUUGG